AGAUGCAAUGCUAAGGCGGCAGUUGGACGGAAUUGCUUUUGCACUCUCUUCCGCCUACAAUCGACAAUUUAGGGUUUAAUCUCUUUACAGUGACAAGGGGAUCGUCGCAAGCAGUUCAGAUUUUGAAGGAUUCUCUUUUUUCGGUGGAGAUUUCGGCUGUAUCACGAUGGUUGUGGAAGCUAAUCAAUCAGAAGAGCAGAGCACCGUGCAAACCACGAUGAAUGACAUUGAGGAUCUCGUUGAUGUACAAUCUUCAAUCUCUUGCUUUAUUGAAUCCUCUAUUUCUGGCUGCUAGAUACAACGAUUUGGAGGAUGUAGAAAGGCUUACUUCUGCUGGUGUUUGUCUCGAUUCCAAGGAUUCCGAGGGCCGAACUGCUCUACACAUGGCUGCUGCAAAUGGACAUCUUUCAAUAGUGGAGUUUCUCAUAAAUAGAGGAGUGGAUGUGAAUGCUUUGAAUGCAGAGAAGAACACACCACUGCAUUGGGCAUGUCUGAAUGGGCAUAUUGAGGUGGUGAAGAAGUUGAUCUUGGCAGGAGCCAAUUUGAGCUUGUUGAACAGCCAUGAGAAAACUCCCGUGGAUGAGGCUUUGACUCGGGGGAAAAUGGAUGUCAUUGACGCAAUCAACACGGUGGCUGCGCAAAUCGAGCUCACCGGCAUCAAUGUUUCAACCGUGGAAACAUAAUUGAGGGAAAUCAAAAUUUUGAUCUGCUGUUGGCUUAAUAUAUUGGAUAAAUUAUGACUCUUACAAAGAUUGCAGGAAAAAAGAUAAGAUGAUGCCUCAAUAAGACUACAAAUAGCCACAUCUUGUAAUGUCAUUUAAAUGCUCGAGUGUGUUGGUUUCUGUAAAUUGGGGUUUAAUUUAGGUUUCAUCUUGAUGAUUACGUGGUUUAGAUUUAGAUUAGUCUGUUGAUUGGACCUUAACUAUUAGACUUUGUUAAGUUACGUUCUCUAUCAAUUUUGGAUUCAAAUAAGCAUUGAAAAUGGGCUUCUUGUUGUUUA